AGCUGGUUCCGUGAUUCAUCCUUUGUGGAGCAGAGCAGGGAAUUGGGGCUUCCCAGGUUGAAGUAGCCAGAGUUGCACUUGUACCUCUUCCUUUUGUGCUUUUCCUUCCCCUUUGCCCUUUUGCUUUUUCCCUUUCCUCUUUUCCCCUUCCCCUUCUCUCCUGCUACAGUAGGAGCAGGGGCUCCAGCUUGCCAUUUGUUUGCUUUUGUUUUUUUCUGUUGUAGUCACAAAUUAAUCUUUGCUGUUAGGGGAUAAAAGCAGAGACAGAUGGCUCCAGGGAUGGCCUGGGAAGCCCAAGGCAAUGCGGCCGGCACCCUGCUUUCCCUGCGGCUAAUGAUUUACCCAAAGUGGCCAGCACCCAGCUUUCCCUGCAGCGAAUGGGCUAAUGAUUUAUCCAGAGGACUGGCAUGCUGCUCUUCCCCGCGGCUAAUGGCAGCAUCACUUGUGGGGUCAUCACAUCGAGCCACGUCAGGCUCCUGGGCUGGGGGCGAAGGUUCUCUCUGAGCGCCUGGGGAGAGGAUGCUGUGGGGUCCAGCAGGAUGUGGGAAGGGGUGCCAGCCUCUCGCCACAUUUUGGAGCCUGGUGUCACCCACACCCAGUGUCACCCAAACCCUCUGCACCCUCGAGCUGGGUGGGCAGUGGCUGUCGGGGAGGUCUGCAGGGGUUCAGCUCUGUCUCUCCCCUGCAGCCGCGAGCCAGGAGCCCGUCAGCAUGGUGGGGAAGUGUGACACCAUCUACAAGGGCUUCGCCGGCUGCCUGCUCAGCCUGGGGGACAGCAUGGCCCAGAGCGUCCGGCAGCAGCAGGAGGAGGGCAGCAAGGAGGCGCAGGAGCUAGACACCAUUUGCAAGUCUUGGGAUGACUUCCACGCCUGUGCCAGCGAGGUGCUGUCGAGCUGCCCCGAGGAAGCAGCUGCCAUCUGGGAGUCGCUGCGCCAGGAGUCCCGCAAGAUCCAGUUCCAGGGGAACCUGCAGGAGCUGUGCAGUGCCCGGGGACACCUGGCCAGUGCCCACGGCUCACCAGCUGCCGAGACCAACCAGGCCACACUGCGGGGCUCAGCCACCCGCCUGCGCCCUGGCCUCCUGGCCCUGCUGGCCCUGCCGGCCCUGCCGCUGCUGGUGCCCCGGCUCUAGCCCUGCCCUCCUGCGGGGUGCCCAGCUGAUGCCCCUGGUCAUUCCCUUGGUGCUGGCUGGGCACAGGCGCCCACGGUUCCCGCUGAGCUCACCACCCCCCAGGGCAUUCCUGCGGGGCACAGGCCUCUCCUGCAGCCCUUCAGAUGGAUUUAUAUUUAUAUUAAAAGACGCUUUUACAUUUC